AGGAGGCGCCUCAUCAAAGGCAAACAAAAGAAAAGAAAAGGUCCAUGUCCAUGUCCAUGUCCAUGCCGACAUCGCCUCGUCUCCCCCUCCUCGCCGCCCUCCUCGCCGCCGCUGCUUGUGCUGCUGCUGCGCAGCCGGCCACUGCUGAAGCCGCCCCGGAGACGCCGCCCGGCGUCGGCAUCAAGGUCUCCUUCCGCCCGAGCGUCGCCAUAGUCGUCGGCAUCUUCACUAUGAUCUUCUCCCUCACCUUCCUUCUCCUCAUGUACGCCAAGUUCUGCCAUCCCAGUCCCAGCCCCGGCGCCGCCCCCACGCCCACGCCCGCCCCCGCCCCGGCCGAAGCUGUCCACCCGGACGGCGUCGCCAAGCCGGUCAUCGAGUCGCUUCCUUUCUUCCGCUUCGCGGCUCUCCGCGGGGCUCGCCAGGGCCUGGAGUGCGCGGUGUGCCUGGCGCGCUUCGACGACGCCGACCUGCUCCGCCUCCUCCCGCGCUGCCGCCACGCCUUCCACCUCGACUGCGUCGACCGCUGGCUCGAGUCCAAGGCCAGCUGCCCUCUCUGCCGCGCGCGCGUCGAUGCCGACGAUGCCGCGCUCGGCCUCAAGUACGCCUCCAGCGCACGCUUCGUCCCCGGGGGCAGCUCAGAGCGCUUCGACGACGAAGAGCUAGCCGGAGCGCCCGGCCGCGACCUCCUUAACAUCUUCGUGGAGCGCGUGCCCUCGUCGCGAAUGGAGAUGGAGGCGGAGGCCCCCAAGGAGGCAGCACACUGCCUCGAUCGCCACAAGCACCGCAUCGUGGUGUCGGACGUGGUGUUCAAGAGCCGAUGGAGCGAGAUCAACUCCUCCGACCUCAUCGCGCUCGACAACGAGCUGCUUCGUUCCAUGUCGACCGACGACGCCGUGGAGCUGGAGCUGGAGCUGUACGGGGAUCAGGCCGACCACGAGCUUCCUAAGGCUGUCAACGAGGAGACGGACAGGAAGAGACUCCUCAAGGUUGCAAGCGGCAAGGCGGCAGGAGGAAGCAGCUCAUCAGGACCAGUCGACGCGGCGAGGAUGAUAUCGUCGGGGGUGCGUUCCAUGUCGGAGCUGGUGAGCCUUCCGCGGCUGCGCGCGGCGAUGAGGGAGCGUCUGGAGGAUGAUCAAGAGCAGGCACGUCGGCGGUGGGUGCCGAUCGCGCGUCGUACCGCACGGUGGUUCGCCGGGCGCGAGAGGCGGGACGUCAAGCGGGAGGAGGAGGACGACGACGACGAGGAGGCGGCGGUUGACUCGCCGGCAUCCCAUUCCCAUGUCUAGUCUAACCCCUUCAAAAUCAAAUCGAAUCAAACAAACAAAAGGGAGGUACGUUGCAAAGUCAAAACGCCGCGGUGGGCCCCAUUGGUCAGUGCAUUAGUUCUCCUUGUCCCUAUCAUGUGCGGUGCGGUGCGGGUAACAUUACACAUAAUACUGAUGACUAUAGCAAUAGGUGCUGACCAAGCCAAGUCACCUGCUACCUCCUUUUCUUUUUGUUUACUUCUGUCAAUAAUUUGCAAGCAACAUUAUUUCAAAGGAGACUUUAAAGAUAGGCCUCAAUUCCAUAUACAUUGUGUACAAAUCUAUAGGAAUUAAGGAAAAGAAACAUAUGCCUUUUUGAAUCAAGAUCCCGGCCCCUACUUGUAUGAUGAAAGCUGCCACAAUGAUCUAAAGACUUUGAACAAUGUUUUUGAG